AUGGGCUUGACGGUGGGACAAGCCCCAUGUCCGCCAGAAGUGAGGCGCGCCUAUGAGUACUUGACCAGUUCCGCGGCCAGUGCGCAGCGGAAGGCCGGGGAAAGCGGCCAGGUGCUGCAAGACUUCAAGCCCAGCAACGAGGGAGAGCCGGACUACUCCUCGUUGGUCGGGGGAGCCCGAGCUCGAAAAAGCAGCAGAGCGCUCGCGGAGCGCUCGCAGCUCGAAAGGCGCCGCUUCGACGAUGAGGUCACCUCUGUAGUGAAGAAGGCGCGACUGGCAGUGAGCUCCGUGCCAGCCUUCAGCGCGAGGAGUGUGACGUUGCGGGCAGCCCCUUUCAAAGGCACUGCACGCCCCUCGUUGGGGCCCAGCUUGGAGGAACUGAAAGACUUCCGAGAUCGGUUUCCAAUGGACGAGCGGGCCUGGGACUUCCUGCUGAGCGCUCCUGGUCACACGCAGGAGGUGGUCUUCAAGGACUUUAGGCCCCGUCGCCUGGAUGACGCGGACUACUCCGCUGCUGUGUGGGCCUCGGCGUUUCCCCUUUUUUGGCGUUUCUGCGACCGGGCCUGCGCCCCGCAAGCCGCCGAACACGCCGCCCAUGCCAACAUGUUUUCCCUGGGCGCUCAGCGCAGCUGCGGCGGGGGCGCCUUUGCCGCGGCCCUGGUGGCUGGACGCGACAGGGUGGCGGCGGCCCUGGCAGAACCGCGCAAGGGCGGCUGGGUUGAAGUGCUGACGCCCGAGCUCCGCGUGGUGGAGACCCUGGAUGUGGCUGCAGCCGAUCUGGCCAUCUGUGGGGACGUGCUCAUCGCGGGCUGCGCGGACGGCUCCGUGCAGCUCUGGGACCUGCGGGCCAAAGGCAAGCAGCGGCAGCUGUUCAGCGCGUGGGAGCCCGUGCAGUCCGUGUCUGUCACGGAUGGCGUCUGUGCGUUGGCCGCGGGCGUCUCCACUACGCUGGUCGACCUGUCCGGGCAGGAGCUUGGGACCUAUGAUGUCCACUCCCAGCCGGUGUCUUGCGUUCGCUUCCACCCGGAUCGGCCCUCGCACCUGGUGACGGGCGGGGAUGAUGGGCUCAUGUGCGUGCUGGACACCACUCGGAGGCCAACGGAGGAGGAGUCCCUUCACCUGGCCAUGAACAGCGAGGAGUCUGUGGAGCGCUUGGCCUUUGCGGCGGAGGGGGACGUGCUGUGCAGCGUCUCGAGCUCCAACGUGCUGCAACUCUGGAGCCUCAAGGACCCCAAGGCCGGCGUGCGCUGCGGACGCCUCGAGGCGCUGCGCAGCGACCCCCGCCUCAAGGUGGGGGAGUCAGACGGCCACCUCAUUGACGUGCUUUCCGACCAGAGCAGAGGGUACGUCCUAGCUGGCAACACGAAAGGCAGGCUCUUCUUGUACCACCUGAACCUGGAAGGCGCGGAGUUUCUCGAGGCCUCCGAGGGUGGCCACAGCGCGCUGGUCCGGGCCUCCGCCUCUGUGGGUUCCGCCUUCGUCACCGGUGGGGAGGAUGGGCGCCUCUGCCUCUGGCGUCGGGACGAUGGCGCAGGCAGCCAAAGCCGGGCGAAGCGCCGCAAGUGA